UCAAAAUACUGUUGUGUUACUUGUCAUUAUGGCAGAAACUUGUUGUAUUAAUUAAUUUAAAUCAAAAUAAUGGAACUUGACGAGGUUUUGGCAAUAUUAAGAAAAAACACGAGAUCGUCCACUGGGACACUCAAUAUUUUUCGUGAAUGUGAGCCACCAAUUACAGUGGAACCGACUAUUAUAAAACCUAACGUUAACGAAGGAUAUUUGUUUAACUUGGGCAAGAAAAUAAAACCUGCUGUACAAAAUAACAUUGAAAAUGCUUCUGAAACUGUGAAAAUUAAUGCUCAAUUUUUGGAAAAAGAACGGUCUGAAGUGAAAAUACUGGAACGAGAACUUGCAAAUUUAAAUGCCGAGUUUGAUGCAAAGAAAAGCAAACUUGAAUUAGUAAAAAAACAGUGUCAAUCCCACAAUGAGAAGCUGAAACGGCUUCAGAACCUAGAGAACUGCAUUAAAACAUACAAGUUACUAACUGGUACACAUUUUGAUUAUAAAAUAUCCAAUACUGGUUAUGUAAAAGCCGACAACUCUCUAGAUUUUGAAGUCUUCAAUUACAGUGGUUCUGAAUUGAGUCAGGAGGAAAUAGUCGGGAAAUUAUGGGCGUUGUUGGAGAAUAUGGUAGAGAAAUAGUAAAUAAAAAAAUCUGAAUUUACUGCUUCUUCUUUACUGUAACUGUUUUAAAAAUUUUGUAUGAAUGGAAAACACUCGCGCUGGUUGCAAUAGCAAAACCAACAACAAAC